AUGCAGUACGCUUCUCCCAUCUAUCUUAAAAGAUCACCGUAUUAUCUUUAUCGACCGUAUCAGCUUGAAAUUCAACGAACAACAAUUCCUAACAAUUCAGCAGUGCUUCAUCGUACACCAAAUCUUGAUAUCUUAUCAGAAAUUAAUCGACGAUCUAGACGACUCGAACGUAUUGUUUCUUAUCAAAAAAUUUUAACAGUUACUCAGAUAUGCGAAAUGUUUCAACCAAUACUUUUUGCUACUAUUGCAUUUAUAACAUUUUACAGCGUUUUGCGACCAACAAAAAGUAUCACACAAAUCGCUAUCGCAUCACUUGUCGCAACAUUAAAACCAUUAUUCAAUGAAAUGCUCGUUUAA